AUGAUGGACCGAGCAGAUACUCCAGAGAAUUUCCACGUUUCUCAAAACCCUUUCGCAACUCCACCAUUCGCGACCCCUAUUCCAUCCAUUCGGUCUAUUCGGUCGCGGAGGCCAGCAUCAUCAGCUGUAUCCGAAGUUCAGGAACCGGCAGCAACUCGUCCUCGACGUCGCUUCAAGAGCUCGCGGUUGAUUGGAGAGUUUGAAAAGCCCUGGCUUCAGGGCGGCAAGCGAAUCCCAAACUGGGACAGCAUUAUCUUCUAUACCUGCGUUUCUAUCGCAAUCGCGGUUUCUACUUACAUCUGCUAUAAUUCUUACGUUACCGUUCCGCGGCAUGAGUACUGUUUGAUACUCGAUGAUGACUUCUCCACACUGAAUCUAGAUGUAUGGAGCCAUGAAGUCCAGCUUAAUGGAUUUGGAACUGGUUCAUUCGACUGGACUACUGCGGACUCCAAGAAUUCAUUUGUUGAUUCUGACGGCCUCCAUAUCUUGCCGACGCUGACCACUGAAAGCACGAAUAUCACUCCGAGCCAACUGAUGAACGGGUACACUGUCAAUUUGACUGCCGCGGGAACAUGCACUUCGAAAAACCAGCGAGUAUCUGACUUGAACCAGAAUUCAGAAUGUGCAGUCCACAGCAAUGCGACCUCGGGCGAGAUUAUCAAUCCAGUUCAGUCUGCCCGUCUUACUACUUUCGGAAAGAAAACCAUCACGUAUGGCCGAAUCGAGGUGGUUGCAAAAUUUCCUGCUGGGGAUUGGCUAUGGCCAGCUAUUUGGAUGAUGCCUCAGGGUAAUGUCUAUGGCCCCUGGCCAGCUAGCGGCGAGAUCGAUAUCGCUGAAAGCAGGGGCAACGAUGCGCAAAUAUACCCACUGGGGAACAACAUUAUCAGUUCAGCAAUGCACUGGGGCACAACAUAUGAGAAUGAUGCGUACGAGAAAAGCUAUGGCGAAUGGGGGGCCAAGAGAACCAAGUACUCCGAUGGCUUUCAUACUUUUGGUCUGGAGUGGUCGGAAGAUUACCUCUUUACUUGGCUUGAUGGCCGCCUCCGACAAGUUCUCUUCUUUAACUUUAAGAAGAACAAGAAUAUGUGGACGUAUGGCGACUUUGCCGACGAUACGGUAAACGGCUCUGCACCAACCGACCCCUGGCAGACUGGCAGAGACAACACGCCCUUUGACCAGCCGUUUUAUCUCAUUCUCAAUGUCGCUGUGGGCGGAACCAACGGAUAUUUCCCAGAUGAUGUUGGAGGCAAGCCAUGGACGGAUGGUAGCAAGACUCCCGCACGAGACUUCUGGCUGGCAAAUAAUACCUGGCUGCCGAGCUGGGGCGAGCCCGAGGACCGGGCCAUGAUCGUCAAAUCUGUCCGAAUGUGGCAGCAGGGAGCGUGUUGA